AUGUAAAUAAUAAAAUUAGCACUUCCACAGAUUCUGAAUGUUCUGUUCUCGAUUUUCUGUAUCAUUUACCUGCAACUUAGAGGCUAAAUAUUCAAUUUACUAAUUCCUCAAAUCAUUUUUUUAGUUUUCGGAAUAAUUUUUAGUCUUGCAGCCAUUAGAAAAACUAAUUAGAACAUAUAGUAAAUCGAUCAUUCUCCAAUGUUUUUUACGAUAUUAUUGCUUUUAUAAUUUGCAAGCCUAUUGUAUUUGAGUAAUGAUAAUUUAUCAGAAAAUCUACUUAGUUUACUCUUUGGAAACAUGCUCCAACUAUAAAAAUUGAAAUCAAAUGAAAAAAAUGAGAAAAGACAAUUCCUUAACAUCAAAAUUCUUCUUUAGGCUAUUGCCCUUUUACUUAUUUUCAUUGUCCUUAUUAUAUUCAAACAUAUGACCAAUCAUAUUGAAUAUUUGAUCAUCGCAGCAAUUAUGAUCCUUAUAGUAUGUUCAUAUGAAUUUCUCCUAUCGAAUAACAAAAACUAACCCCUAUAAAUCGAAUAAAGCAAGACAAUUGUUCAAAGAAGAGUCAGCCUCCCUAUUUAAUCAUAAUAUCCUCCUCAAAAUCCAUAGAGUAUGUGGGAAAAAUUUAUCGAAUAACAGUAUAUCUUUGUUUCUUAUCGAAAUAACGAAGUUGUAAUUGAAAAAAUGAGUUCAUCUCUUAUGUAAAUUUUAAAAGAGAAAACUUUAACAAUUGAAGAAUAUUUGAAAAAGAUUUAAUUGUUUAAUAUUCCUUACGAAAGCGAGUAUAUCUUAACAAACAAUAUGUUUGUCAAUAUGUCAACCAAUCUAUAUUCAUAUAUAAAAGAUUAAAUUAUUGAUGAAAAGUAUAGCGCAGUAAUACAAAGAAGGAAAUCAUAAAAAGACAUUAAUGAUGACCAAUAAUUACAAAAGUUAGUGUCUCCACAGAAUGAAUAGAGAUCCAGAUUACAGUCCGUUUAGAAAAGCGAGGCAAAUUUAUAAAAGGGGAAUACAUUAAAUUUAAACAAUAGUUCUUUAUAGUACAUUGAUAGAGAAUUCUUAUCUGGAUCUGUGAUGAAAAAUUUGGAUAACUUCAUUGCUAAAACUCCCGAAAACAAUAGCCAAGUAUCCACAAAAAAACCUUUAUAUGGAAUUAUUCAAUUUGAUAAAGCUUUUUAUAAGAAGAUACAGUUUAAUUAUUGGACUUAAGGUCUAAUCAUAUAAAUGGAGGAUGAGACUAUAGAGAAUAUUAAAACCUGUGCGAAUAAUGUUUAAAAUGGAUACAAAAUAGAAGUCACCCAAAAGUAGCUUAAUAAAUUAAUUCAAAUGAUUGAGAAUUUGGAAUAGAAGUUUAACAAUCUGCUCAGUCCUUAAAUGAAAGAGAACAAGCUGUUUAGUUAAGCAUAACUGUAAUUGUACAUGUUAAAUGUGUCGAUUCAUAAUUUUUACUAUUUUCUCUGCGAUGGUUUGGCUUCUCCAAGAUAAGAUCAAUUUAAUUUAAUCAAAUUUUUAAAAGCAAUCAAAACCAAAUUCAUUCAGGAUACAACAGUGGUCGAAAAAAGCAUAGACAUUAUCGUAUCAGAUGAUUUGAUCAAUAAGAUGAUUACUACUGAUGUCAGAUAUCUUCGAUAGAUUGUGGUCAAUUUGUUAGUUAAUAGCAUCAAAUCAUACAAAAAACCAGAUAUCUCAAACAUGGUGUAAAUACAAAUUAGUCAAAUAGCGAAUGAUGAUAUAAAAUUUGAAAUUUAUGAUAAGGCAAGUGGAUUUCCUCAACCAUUAGAUUACAAAAGAGUAAAAGAAGGCAAAUUAGGGAUAUUUAUAGUAUAAAAGUUGUUACCUUACAUGUCCAAAAAUCCCAAAUUAUAAUUUAAGACUGUGCAUUUUGAGAACAAUCAAGCAGGAUCUUCGAUUAGCUUUUUAUUACAAAGAUAAAUGAAUCCAAUUAGCAAUUCAUUACAAAAUUCUUAAAAUAAUCUACUACAAUAAGAUAGUUGUAAAUUAGCAUAAAUAGUAUAGUCUUAACUAGUAACUUAAUAAUAAGAUUUUAUAUGA